AUGGCAGAGAUACAGACAAAUGGAAGGGCGUACGAGUCACUGUUGGAAAAGGUUCUUUCGAUGAACAUUCUUUCUUCUGACUAUUUCAAAGAGCUAUAUGGUUUAAAGACUUAUCAUGAGGUAAUUGAUGAAAUCUACAACCAAGUUAAUCAUGUGGAGCCAUGGAUGGGUGGAAAUUGCCGUGGUCCGUCAACAGCAUACUGUCUCCUGUACAAAUUCUUUACCAUGAAACUUACAGUGAAGCAGAUGCAUGGGCUGUUGAAGCACACAGAUUCUCCUUAUAUUAGAGCUGUUGGAUUCCUAUAUUUGAGAUAUGUUGCAGAUCCAAAGACAUUGUGGACAUGGUAUGAACCAUACAUUAAAGAUGAUGAGGAGUUUUCACCAGGAUCGAAUGGACGGAUGACGACAAUGGGUGUUUAUGUGCGUGAUUUGCUGCUUGGACUGUACUACUUUGAUACUUUGUUUCCACGUAUUCCUGUUCCUGUCAUGCGCCAGAUUACAUCACACCUUGAGAAGAUGAAUUUACCAACUAAACCUUCUGGUUCCACCGGAGACAUGACUCGUGGCUCUGAAGACACUGCCCGUCGUCCACCGUCAGUAAAAGCAUCCCUCUCUGUUUCAUUUGGUCAGCGUGCACCUCACCGUGCUUCGACCAGAGGCUCCUCUCCUGUUCGCCGUCCUCCACCUUCUGGUUAUGACAGAAAUGGAGGCGAUGAAUUACAACAGCGAGAUAGUAUCAACAAGGAGAAAUCGGCUGUGACUGUCAACAGCAACCUUGCUAAGCUAAAAGAUUUAUACGGAGACGCGAGUAGUCAUAAAGGCGAUGAAGGGUUUGGAACAAGGAGGGAUUCAAGUUCAGAAGAAGUGAUCAAGCUUGGUGGUUCCUCUUGGAGGUGA